UAGAUCACGUGGGCGGCGGCGGUGGCGGCAUGUCGGCUUCGCUCCUGCGCAAAGGCCUGGAGCUCCUUGGAGAGCCUACCGGCUCCAGGACUGGACCCCAGAAGCGGUCCCCGGGGAAGCGGCCUCCCAGGAAGAACGGAGCAACGGUCAAGGGGAAGGUCACCAAGUCGGCUCUGGAGGAGUUCCAGAAGCGGCAGAGUCAGGACCACCUGCAGGAGAACCUGAGAUUCAUGAAGCAGAAACGAGUGGCUGCAGACCCGAAGAUCACCUCAAAGAUCCUUCUCCAUAACCGAGGCAGGAAAGCCAGGGACCGACCAGCCACCAAGCCAGAGAAGGAGAAACCCCAGGGCACUGUGUUCACCGAGGAAGAUUUCCAGAAGUUCCAGGAGGAAUAUUUUGGGAGUUCUGGAACCAAGUGAUGGAGAGGAAGGAGCCCCAAGACUGGACUGAUGUGGUUUUGGCUCCCCAGAAGAAGCAUUCACAUGGGGACAAGGAGAUCAAGAUGGUCUUGGGCCAAGUCUCCUGGCUCCGAACAGGGCAGUGCCAGAGGGAUUGUGGCAGAUAGAGGGAGGGCCUGGCUCCCUUCUCCCCACUCCCAGCUUCAGGAGUCCCCACCCUUGGGACUGCUGUUUGAGACUCAGCCACCAGAGGGCACUGCUGCCCCCACACAGAAGGGAGGGGAAUGGGCCCUAGUGGGUAGUGGCUGGGCCAGGGCCUGAGGACAGCCCUGUCUCCUGAAUAAAAAUGAAAACUUC